AUGAAACUCCACAUCAAAGAACAAUUGCGGAAGAGUGGAUAUCCCGAAACAACGGACACGAAACCGCCGUCUCAACCGGUUAAGACAAAGGGUGCUCCAAAGAAAUUGAAGCCUACACCGAAUGACAACUCGACUACACGGUCUCCUUCUUAUUGUGAGCAUGUCGAUAAACUUUUUCCCGACUCACAGACUCCUAAAUCUCAAAAAAGUUCAAAUAAAGGAGCUCGCAUAAGAAAGCCGCCUCCGACACAUAUUCCACUAAAAAUUCCAAUCAUCGAAGAGGUGCCUAUUCCAUCGAAAAUUCCAUUCAUCGAAGAGAUGCCGGUUUUUAUGCACCCUUACAUUGAGCGGAUUGUAGAUGUUGCAGAGGACGGUAAUUACGGUUACCGAGCCGUCUCAGUGUUGCUUGGUAAUGGAGAGGGUAUCCAUACGGUUGUCCAUCAUCAAAUCAUCCAAGCGUUGAAGAUGCAUAAAGAAGCGUACACGCGGUUAUAUGGAGAGGAAGCUAUAUUUGAAGAGGUUAACGAAGCUUUUGUGCCUUGGAUGGGCCCUUACGAACCGAUGUCAAAGUGGAUGAACUUCUAA